UUUUUUUCUUCAAAUAGGUACGCGCUAACUAGGUUAUGUUACGUCGUCGGCUUGACCCCCCGGCCGACUCGCGCGUCUUCUCUGCAACACUGUCGGAAGUAAAAUAAUUCAGUGAAAAAAUGUCAGUACAGCUAUGAGGAUUUCAGUUUGCCUCGCGCUUACGCUGCUGACAUCGCUGGCCGGCAGUUCUGCACCCAAGAGAAAACUCCAGAUUGGCAUCAAGAAGCGCGUCGAUAACUGCACCCUUAAGUCCAAAAGGGGUGACACCCUGUUCGUUAAUUACGUGGGUACUUUGGAGGACGGAACCGAGUUCGACAAGAGCUCCAAUUACGAGGAUUCGUUUCUUGUAACUUUGGGAUACGGUCAAGUGAUUAAAGGAUGGGAGCAAGGAUUAAUGGGGAAAGGGAGCGCAGGCUACAGCUGCUGGGCUCGUUACCGAGGAACGCGAUGUCGUCGAGCAAGAAGAAGCAGAUGGAGGCCGUGGCCACGUCGAAGAACAACUUCAGGGUGGACCUCGACAGCGAAGCGACGACGGGAUGGAGAAAUCUCUUGGCUUUCUGGAUACUCGGCCUGUGCAAUAACUACGGAUACGUCGUUAUGCUCAGCGCUGCUCACGAUAUUCUUCACGAGCACGACGCCGAAGAGGUGGUAAGCAACAACGCAACGACGAACGCAACGGGUGUCAGGAACUGCAAUACCUUGUCGACGGGGGCCAUACUUCUGGCGGAUAUUCUGCCGAGCGUGGCGAUCAAGCUCACCGCUCCGUUUCUGCCGUAUUUCGUGCACAUGCGAAUGGGCUCGUGCGUCGUCUUCUCGGCAGCUGGAUUCCUGCUUGUCUCGUUGAGCAAUACUCGGUGGCUUGCCAUCACCGGAGUCGUCGUCACGUCGCUCUCGUCGGGACUUGGAGAAGUGACGCUGCUCAGCUACAGCCAUCGGUAUACCAAAAACGUCAUAUCGACAUGGUCGUCAGGAACCGGCGGCGCUGGUGUAAUCGGUGCCGCGAGUUACAUGGGACUUCGCUACUUCUUCACAGCAGCCGAUUCUCUCCUGUUGAUGCUGGUCGUGCCGAUUGUUCAGGCGUUGACUUUCUGGCUGAUAAUGACUCAUCCCGAGCCGAACAUCGCUCUGGUCGUUGAGAGCGGUGGAAUCGGAAGUCAGGAGCAGAUAAUCGAGGCGCCGAAGAUGAGCGUGGGAGAGAAGCUGAAACUCGUGCCGGGACUGAUGAAGUACAUGAUUCCUCUGGGGCUGGUCUAUCUGUUCGAGUACUUCAUCAACCAGGGACUGUACGAAUUGAUUCAAUUUGACAACACGUUCAUCGGACACGCCGAUCAAUACCGUUGGCUCCAGACGGACUACCAGAUCGGCGUCUUCUUGUCCCGAUCGUCGGUCAACUUCAUCUCCAUCAAUAAAAUCUGGCUCAUGUCCGUUCUACAGCUGGCGAACGUCGUCUUGCUGACGUUCGAGGCGGUCUACUGGUACAUCCCCAACAUCUGGAUCGUAUUUGCUCUGGUCCUCUGGGAGGGUCUGCUGGGAGGAGCUGCCUACGUGAACACGUUCUACAGGAUGUCGAAAGAGGUGCCAUGGGAGCAGCGAGAAGUUUCGAUGGGUAUCGCCUCGAUGGCGGAUUCCAUCGGAAUAGCAUUGGCCGGCUGGGCCUCGAUGCCUGUGCACAACGCGAUCUGCAAGCUGCCUUCACCCACGCGACUUGGCAGCUGAAGAGCCGCGAGUAUCCUCAACUUCUGUACAUAGCGAAGACACACGAGGCUGCGCCGAGACGCUCCUCAUCAGAUUGUACUGGUCCACACACGCAUUACCUAUUCCGUUGUACAAAAACAAAACUAAAUACUUUGUCGUGCCGAUGUUUCUAUAUAUGCCAGCUUAGUCUUUGUAACUUUUAUAUAGUUAGAUAGUAUAGGUAUAGAGCAGGAAAAAAGUAUGGACGGACGCGUUGCGAAUGUGUAAGCGAGAGACGCUUUGUUAGAUAGCGACAAAAUAGAGUAUUUUGUUACGUCGACGAGUUUUCUCUGCGUGUUUGAAGAUUAGUAAGAUACAGCGAGUUUGCGCUUUAUACAUUAAGUGCUGUGCUCGCACGAGUGAGUAUAUAUAGUUUGGAACUAUCGUUGCAAAUUUUUUUUCCUGAGAUUGCCGAUAUUUUUUUUUUUUGUUGUAAACUAGUUAGUGGGUGUAUGAAGAUGGGCGUAUUUUUUAUAUGUGUACGCGUGUCCGAGCGAGCCUUGCGAAAAAGAGACUAUCGUUGCGGUGUCUGCGGACGCGGAGAGGAAUAUACAAUAACGGGACCAUUGUGAUGAAUUUUCCGUAUACAGCGUACACAAGAUUUAUCGGCUCGAAAUCCGUGCAGCUAGACGGUGCUUGUAUAGAAGAAUAGUGUCGUGAAAAUUGAUUUAGAUAAAAAAAAAAAACCAACAACCAAAGUAUUACGAGAAUUAAAAGC